CGUGAGCGUUUUCCCACUUGGCUGCUAAUAGUUUAACAGUUUAAACCAUAGACUGUAAACUAAAGACAGUACUAUCAGUGGUUUAAACUUUAAACCAAUGCCUGUAGUGGUUGUAGGUUUAACCAGUACACAUGAACGCAGCCUAAAAACUACUUCCGUCUGGAUCCUUUCUGUUGUUGUCAUGGCGGCGGUUCAAACUGUUGACAAGCUUGGACUAAAAUUUAAAAUGUUUACCAUGUGCUAUAUUUUAAUUAACAUACAAUUAGCGAAGCUGUGUGCAUAGUUAAUUCGUAAUCUCAAUUUAAACUGAAAAAGGUAUUUAUAAGCGAGGUCGAAAUGGUGGAAUGGAUGCCUUUGGGAUUAACUUGAUGUCAGCAAACUUCAUUUCAAAAGCCUACUUAGCUUGUUAAUGCUAACUAUCAUUAGCACAGCAUAUGAUAUUUUGUGAGUUAAUUGUUAGUUUGACUGAAUUUGGUGGUUGUUUUCACCGUAAUGACCGCACAGUUGUUGCAGAAUGGUCCAACGAUUUCAGUAGGACAGCAAAGUCAAAGGAGGGACUGGGUUAUUUUAGGUUCAGCCCGAAACCGCGACGAUUUUACCACUGAGAUGUCCCAAACUAAGCUAUUGUUCAAUGAAGCCAUCCCUGCAAGUGCCGGCAACCGUGCCACCUAUGUACGCCUGCCAGCCCCCAUUGUGAUUGAGAAGCUGCUGCCCUGUCGGGAGCGUGAGAAUGCCAACAGCACCAGGAGCUCCAUCAGCUUCACUGCGCUCUCCGAGGAGAGGCUGCAGGCUGCCGUUAAGCUCGCCAAGCGAGAUCUGAGACGAAGGCACCUUGAGUCAUUGAUAAAAUCCCCUGCCAGACCUUCUCAAGAGGCCUCCCUCCUUGAAACAAGUGAUGUAGAGCUGCUUCAGGAGCUUGCAACCACUCCAAGUAAGGCAAAGUUAAGGGCCUCCAGUCCAAAAGAGAAAGCUGCCCGUCCUGGAGCAAAACAAACAUCCCAGAAGCGUCCCAUGUGUGCAAUGCCUCGGGCAGGCCAAUCACCCCCAACCAGAGACCCUGGCCCUAAACAGCUGGAAAGAGGCAAACAGGCUCCGUUAAGCCAGGAAAUCCACAAGCUGCAAAAUGAACUUGAAGUAUAUUCAGAAGUGGAGGAGCUAGCCAACAGAGGUAAAACGACAGGGGAGAAAAUGGAGGAGCUGCUGGAGCCUGAAGAGCAAAACAAGUUGGAGGUGCGCAGACAGAAGCAGGCAGCCCGCUCAGCACGUAUUAUCUAUGACCUCCAGAAACAGGUAAAAGAGAUACAAGAAGAUAUGGAGAAGCUACACCAGAAACUGUGGGACACCAAAAAAUCCACUGCAGUAAACCGGCUUGCAGCUGCCCACCGUGGAGCACUCAGGGCCUUACAGGUUGUUAUCAACCAGCUUUCAGAUUUAUCUCACAGCAAGUUACCUCCUCACUACAAAGAGCUGGGCCAGCUGAUUCGCCAGCUCUCUUUGUGCUCAGCUAAGGUCGAAGUGGAUCAAGGUUCAGCUGUGCCUGAGACAGCCCUCGACAUCCUGCAGAAACUAGAGACUUUGGAUUCAGCCCUAAGUAAACAAGAGAUGCUGGAAAAAAUACAGGCCCAAACAUGCCCUCCACACAGGAAGUCUUAUCGCAGUAUGUCACCUAUUGGUGUGCUCAAGGGUCCCAGCACCUCAACUGUACGGGGACCUCGCAAACCUGCAAAUCCUAAAAGAGGA